AUGGCUGAAUCAACCCCCAAGAUCACCCUCCACUGGCUGGACAAGUCCAGAUCGCAACGUGUCGUCUGGCUCCUUGAAGAAUGCAAAGGUAUCGACUACGAUGUAAAGAUAUACAAGCGUAACCCAAUGCUUGCACCACCGGAGCUCAAGAAAGUGCAUCCUCUCGGAAAGUCACCCAUCAUCACUGUCGAGACUGCAGCUACCACAGGGCCGAUUGUUCUUGCUGAGACCGGCGCUCUAACCGAGUAUCUCACCGAUUACUUCGCCCAGCAUCUUGUGCCAACAAGGUACAAGGCUGGCAAGGAGAACCAGGUUGGCGGCGAGACAGAGGAGUGGCUUCGUUAUCGCUACUUCAUGCACUACGCCGAAGGCUCGCUCAUGACACUUCUGAUGAUCGGCCUCUUCAUCGACCAGAUUCGCAACGCUGAAGGCGCGCCAUUUUUCGUCAAGCCAAUAACUCGCAUGAUUGCAGGUCGCGUCGAUUCGAUGUUCUUGACAGAGAACUACGCGACACACUUCAGCUUCCUCGAGUCGCAGAUCGCAUCGUCCCCGAACGGUGGCAAGUAUCUCUGUGGCGAGAAGCUGACAUCGGCCGACAUCGUGAUGAGCUUCCCAUUGAUGGCGGCGAAGACUCGUGAUAAGAUCGACAAGUCGAAGUACCCCAAGCUGACGGCGUAUGUCGAGCUGCUGGAGAAUUCGGAAGGCUACAAGAAGAGCAUUAAGAAGAUUGAAGAUGUCAGCGGAGAGAAGCUUACUUCAGUCUUGUAG